AUCGAUGAAGUGAGCCUCCACAUCACAGUUGCUUCAGGAGCUGUCGGACACUGGACUUCUAGAAGAAAACGUUAUUGCCACAAUGGAUGACGAUUCUAUCUCACUCGUCGAUUUGAACGACAACAUUGGGGACUGUCCAGAUGCUCCAGUCAAGGUAGCAAUUAUCGGAAUGCCUGGUGUCGGAAAAUCGGAGUUUAUCCAAGCUAUUUUAGCCGAUGGACCUGCUGGUAGUGUUGAGCAGAAUACACAGGGUAGCUCUACAGUCUACACUUAUCCAACUCUUCCCAGUGUCUACAUGUGGGAGCUGUCCGCUGUCGAGAGUACUACAGAUGAGUAUUUAACAUGCAAAGAAGUGGACAAGUACGACUUUUUCCUUAUACUGUGUGACACAGAGUUUUCAGAGGUGGAGAUGGGGCUAGCUGAACAGUUUAGCAAACGGAAAAAGGGCUUCUUCUUUGUUCGCACAAAAAUUGACACAGUAUUGCAAGACUCAUCAACCACAGACCCGCACGAAACAAUACCAAAAACCCGAUUUCAAAAACAUCCCUCUUUGGCGAUGAAAAACAGUCAAGACCUGUCGAUAUCAGGCACAUUACCAAAAACGCUUUUCCAAGAAAUCGGCACCAAGUUUUCCAAAUAUCCCACCUUCGCUAUUUCAAACCGAAGUGUCUCAGAUUUUGAGUUUCCAAAGUUGAAGACGAAUUUGCACUAUGCCUUAAUUUCGCUAAAGAGAUUUUCUAACAUCGGUUCUGAGGCUGAAACUGUGAAGAAAUACCUGGAGUCAAAACUGAAUGAGUGGAAAGAUGUCAAAAUCAAUGUAGGCCUAGUCGGAGAAUCUGGCGCUGGAAAGUCCUCAUUCAUCAAUGCCGUACGUAGUUUGCACGCGGGUGAGGAGGGUGCGGCCGAAGUCGGUGUAACGGAGACCACAAGUAAAGCCACCUGCUACCCCCACCCAGAUAAUGAAAACGUCCGAUUCUGGGAUCUUCCUGGUGUUGGUUCAUCAAAUUUUCCUAGAAAGACGUAUCUGAAGGAUAUUGAUGUUGAGAUCUAUGACUUUUUCCUUAUUAUCUCAGCCAGAAGAUUUAAUGAUGACGACAGAUGGCUUGAAAUGGAGCUAAAUUUGAGAAAGAAAUCCUACUUCUUUGUUCGCACGAAAUUUGACCAGGCAGUCCGGGGUCAUACUGACAAAACAGAUGAAUUCCGAGCCAAAAUUAUCCGAAACAUCCAAAGUAAAAUUAAUAUCCCAGCUAGUAGGGUUUACGUGAUAUCUAACGUUUACAGGGACCGUUUUGACUUUCCACGAUUAUUAGAGGAUAUAAUCCUUGCCGUGCCAUCGUUGAAGAAACAAUCACUGGCUAUGACGCUUUGUGGUUAUUCUGAAAAUCUCAUUGAGAUAAAAAAGGAUGCCUUAAAACCCAGACUGUGGAAAGCUGCUGCAAUGUCUGGAACCGUUGGUGCUGUACCAGUACCAGGGAUUGAUUUGGCUGUGGAUCUGGCCAUAUUUGUCCAUGAAGCAAAAUUUUAUCGUAAAGUGUUUGGACUAAACGAAGAAACACUCUGCAAGCUAGCCAAGGAGUACGACGUAGACAUAGAUCGUUUCAAAAGAGCUAUGUCGAAAACUGGCGCAAUGUCACUGACAAAGGUUGGCAUUAAGAGUGCUCUCGUUGCAAGCCGAAUUGGAUUAGCCUUUGCCACAAAGACAGGGCUCACUUCCGUUUUGGAGGUUGUAGUUCCGGUAAUUGGUUCUGUGAUCAGUGGGGGUAUUUCAUUUGCUUUGACUUACGGCUUUCUGAAAAAAAUGUUGGACGACUUUGCUUCAGAUGCUUUCUCUAUUUAUAAGCUAUCGGCAGACAAAUUAGUAGCUGAUAGCAUAGCAACACAGCUCAAUGUUUUAUAA